AGGAAUCAUGAUUGACUCAGACCGGUGGAAUAGCAGUUUGGCUGGCUCCUAAAAAUAGCUCACCCUUUUCAUCCUCCCAACAUAGCUCGGGACACCCAGAUAUAAUCAGCUGUGAGAGGCCAGCCAGAGAUACAGUGGCCGCGUUGAGAGAUAGGGAGUGGAGCAGGUCUCCCCCACAGGACUCUUAAAGGACCGAGCCUUUCCAAAUCCAUACAUUUCACGAGAAGACGCCUCUCGGGAUUGCUGGGAACUCUCUAUGAGAGCAUAUUAGGAGCGUUAAGCAGCUCAGACGACAGGAGCCACAUACCCCGCCAAGGACAAGGGCCAGCCUCUCUUCCCCUCCACAAAAAAGCGGCUUGCCCUCUGUCUAGCUUCGACAGCUGCUGCUGUUGAUCACCCCGGGGGCCGGACAGAGCCAAAUUUUCACAUCCAAGGUCCCUUUUAAUUCUCUUGAUAACCAGGAAGCAAACAAGGAUGGCCGAGGCUUCUGAGAACGGGAAGUCAACGAACGUCCCAAGGGUGGACACUGGUCUGCCACCAGCUUCUUCCCGGGAUUCUGUUGUAGAUCCGCCUCCACUUACUGGAAGCCAGGAUUCGAACCCACUGCCUUUGCCGCCUCCUAAAGAAUCUUUCUCCAAGUUCUACCAGCAGCGCCAAGUGAACGAGCUGAAGCGGCUCUACCGCCACAUGCACCCUGAGCUACGGAAAAAUCUGGAAGAGGCCGUGACGGAAGACCUGGCCGAGAUGCUGAGCUCUGAUGAUCCCGCAGGACAAGCCUCAAUGAACUUAGAUCCGGUGCUGCCAGGAGAAGUUCAGUCCAUGCGCUGGAUCUUUGAGAACUGGACGUUGGACUCCAUCGGAGAACAUCAAGGUGCUAAGAAGCUCGCCGAGGAUGAAGCCAUCCCAAGCGGAGAUGUGAAGAGUAGGUCCACAAAGUUUGAAAACCAGUUGCUUGAUGUGGACACGCUGACCCCCUCGGGCAACGCAUCGAAGAAAGAACAAACCAAAGGGGACGUGCGUACAGCUCGGUGGUUGUUCGAAACCCAGCCGCUGGACUCGUUGAACAAAAUGUACUUGGAUGAGACCGAUAUGCAAGAGGCCGUGCUCAAGGAACCCGUUCAAAGAGGGGACGUGAAAGGAGCCGCGCAGCUCUUCGAAACUCACUCGUUGGAUGCUUUGGGCCGCUGUAGCUCAGUGGAGGAGCAGAGUAUCCUGCAACUCAAGUCAGAAAUCCAAGAGCUGAAAGGAGACGUGGAGAAAACCAUCAAGCUGUUCCAAACAGAGCCGCUCUGCGCGAUCAGGGAUAAAACUGGAACCAUCCAUGAGAUCAAAUCCGUCUGCAGGGAAGAAAUACACAGCAACGCGGUGAGGACCGCUCGGUGGCUGUUUGAAACCCAGCCCCUGGACACCAUCAACAGGGACGUGUCCAGAGUGCAAGUCAUACGAGGGAUAUCAUUAGAGGAGGUCGCAAAAGGGAACGUAAGCGGGGCCAAGUGGCUGUUUGAAACUCAGCCCCUAGACGCCAUACGAGAACUUACUGUAGAGGAGGCGGAUUUCAAGGCUUCUCCAGAUCUCAUCCAAGGGGCCGACGUCACUAAACAGUGCCUGCUUUUUGAAACUCAGCCUCUUGACACACUCAAAGGGGAAGUCUCCGAGAGCAUCACUGCCAAAGAAGAAGUCGUCAAAGGAGAUGUAAAGUCAACUCUCUGGCUCUUCGAAACCCAACCAAUGGAAUCGCUAAAGGAUACUUUUGAAGUCGGGCAAUUGAAGAAAGUAGAGCUUUCCAAGGAGGAGAAAGGAGCCGUGAAGGAAAGGAAGCACAUUUUUGAGAGCUGUCCUUUAGGUAGCAUCUCCAAGGCACCCUCGGAAGACUUCUCAGCCCCCAACAUACAAGAGGUCGAGAAAGGCGAUGUGAAAGCUUUCAAGAGCCUCUUUGAGACCCUCCCUUUGGACAGCAUCCGGCAAGCUAGCACUGAAGAGGAGGUGAACAGUGGAAGCGUCAAAGCCAAUCAGCUCCUGUUUGCAACAACACCCUUGUACACCAUCAAGGAUUGCUUUGGCAAUUUCCACAAGGUCACUUCGGUGAGCAGAGAAGAGGAAGUGACAGGUGGAGACGUUAAGAACUACAAGUGGAUGUUUGAAACCAGGCCUUUGGACCAGUUCGAUGACAGCGUCCAGAAAGUAGAUAUCAUCAAGGGGAUCACUAAGCAGGAACUGGUGGCUGGGGACGUGAAGACGGCCAAGUGGCUUUUUGAAACCCAACCCAUGGAUAUCAUCCACAGCCAAGUCAACCCAGCAGAGCGAAAUGCUUCCGGGAGAGAAGUUUCCCAAGGAGGGGAUGUGAGGACCUGCAGAUGGUUGUUCGAGACCCAUGCGAUGGAUGCUCUGCACGAGAAGGCAGAGAAGAAGGAAGACAGAGAAGAACCCGUGGCACAAGGGGAUGUUAAAUCAUACACCUGGAUGUUUGAAACUCAGCCCCUGGACUCUCUGAGAGGCCACGAAGAGCAGUAUUUGCAAGUCAGCAAAACCUUUUCCCAAGACGACUUACAAGGGGUAGACGUGAAAACCGUCAGACACCUAUUUGAGACAGAACCCUUAACUGAUAAUGCUUCUGGUGGCGUCAGCUCAAAGAAAAUAAUCAGGUGCUCUAGCUGCGUGGAGAUACAAUCCGGAGGAGUGUCCCGGGUGAAGGAGUUUUUUGAAGCCAAGCCCUUGGAUUCAGCUGGGAAAUCAAACACAGCCACAAAAGAGAUCGAUAUCCCAGCAGGUGAAAACGUCAAGCCAGGGGCAGUGCACAAGUUCACUUGGCUGUUUGAAAACUGUCCUAUGGAUACUCUGAAAAGCAGCCUGGAAGGCAUUCAGGAGAUACCUCCGGAAAAGGACAUUCAGAGCGGAGAUGUUGGAGGCAAGAGGUUCAUUUUCGAAACCUACUCUCUAGGCCAGAUCCACGACAAAGAGAAUGAGAUGCAGAUCGAGAAAAUCCAGGAAGAGACCCUGAGCAAAGCCAGCGUCAAGUCCUGUACCAUGCUCUUUGAAACCCAACCGCUGUAUGCCAUCCAGGACAGAGAAGGAGGCUACCAUGAAGUCACCUCCGUGAAGAAGGAAGAAAUCAUGAAAAGUGAUGUGAAAGGUGCCAGGUGGCAAUUUGAAACCAAGCCCUUGGAUCAGAUCAAGAAGGACGAAGAGGUGUUUGUGAUCAGGGCAGUGACCCAAGAGGAUUUUAAGAAGGGCGAUGUCCAAGCUGCCCGGUGGAGGUUUGAAACGGAGCCUCUCAGUUCCAUCGCCGAAGAUAAGAGUCCAGUUGUGAGGACUGUUGACGAUGUCCAAAGAGGAGACGUCCAAUCCAAUAAACAACUAUUCGAGUCCGAGCAGUUAGGUCAAAAAAGGUACGUUCGGAUGGUCAGCGUGAGUGAUGUCCAGCAAGGAGAUGUAAGGACGUCCACUUGGCUUUUUGAGAACCAGCCGAUCGAUUCCCUCAAAGGAGAACCUGAAAGCCCAUCCAGCCUGAACACUGUUCAGAGAGAAGACAUCCGUAAAGGAGACGUGAAACGCUGCACUUGGUUGUUUGAGACUCAGCCCAUGGACAGUCUCAAAGACACCGAGGUUUCCUCCAGUGCCGAACCCUCAGAGGUGGUUCCCCGGGCCAACGUCAAAAGCACCACAUGGUUGUUUGAAAGCACCCCGCUGGAUAAACUCAGCACUUCGGAACGUCUCACAGAAACAGACUGGAAAGAGCGAACCAUAAGAGACGUGCUGGAAGUUCUCUUCUUCCAUCAAGUGAUCCAACACGGUGGCAUCCUUAUUGAGGCCAAUGAUACUGAGAAUGUCAAGAUGGCCAAAUACCACUGUAGCAGUCAAGGGGGCCCAGAGGUUCAAAAAGAGGAAGUUAUGAGAGGCAACCUGGAAAUGAUCCUGUUCCAGCUUCUUCACAGGACCAAUGUGGAGGCCCAAGGGGUGCUGGUGAGAGAAGAGGAGGACAGAAAUAUCAAAAUCAGCCCAGUGCAGCUUCUAGAUCCUCGCGUAGCAGAGAAAAGCUUAGAAGACUUGAGGGAUGAUCUGGCAAAAGCUCUCCGAGGCCUUCUGAGUCAAGACGCCUCUUCCAAAAAAGGGAUAGUGAUGCAGGAGACAGAGCCGGGAUCAGUGAAAAUCACCAUCUAUUCUGUUCUCCACUGGGUUGCCCAGCAAGAAGAACUUGUGAAGGGCGAUGUGAAGUCCACCAUCGGGAAUCUGCUGGCUUCGUCCCAAGAGCAAAAGGCCACCGCGACUGUCAGACGAGAAGACAACGAGAGAGGCAACGUCCACUUGUACACUGCCUGCAUCGAGAAGGGAGACCUAGAUUACCUAAAGAACCUCCAGAGGGAGUCAGAGAUAGAAUCCCUGGUGUCCUCCCAAGCAAAGGAGGAACCGCUGAAAAAUACGCAAGAAGUUUUAGUGCCUGCCCAGUUGCAGGAAGAAAAAGUAGUGAAAACAACAGCAGAUGUGACAUUAGGGGGUAGCAGUGGGGCUAAGCAAGUUUUAUUGUGUGCUAGCAAAGAAGGCAUCUUAGAAAGGGAGGCAGUCCAUGCCAGUGAUCUAGAUGGUACGUUGCAUUGUCUUGGGCAGUCCCCAUCCACAACGAUAGAAAAUGUCAUUUCAGGAAAUGUGAAACUGGCCAAAAAUGGUAGCAGUAGGUCAGUGAGAGAAGGGAAAACCCUGGGUGAUACAAAGGAGGGAGCGGCCCCUGAUGCAGCGGCUGCUCAGAAGGAUGAGAUAGACGGGGCUGUUUGCGCUUCCAUCCUGACGACAGCCCGGCCCAAAUCGCAGGAUUCUGGGAGAGAUCUCCAAGUUGCGAUGCAAAGCCUCAGACUCGCCACCGCUGAGGCCCAAAGCCUCCAGCACCACGUCCAGAGCAAGCUGCAGAAGACCCCUGAGGAUAUUUGCCUUGUUGCUAAGCAACCCCGGGCAGCCACACCUCAGCAGGCAACGGCUGUGCAGGCAGCAGUCUACAACGAGGGCCGUGCAGCCAGCGGCCAGCAGCCAGCGAGCCGUGUCACCGUCGUCAGAGUGCAGGAGGCAUCCAAGUCCCACGCCAGCGUGUCUCAGAAGAGCACGGCGCCACACGCAAAGGUCAGUGCAUCUGAGGACAUACAGGGAGGCCAGUGGCCACUGGUAGACUGUCAGGAUGGCCCAGUUGUGCCUAGUGCACACAUGGGCAUUAAGGAUGGCCUCUACACUGCCCAGCCAGUGAAAACCUAUGUAAACCCAUUUGUUGAGUCCGAUUACAAACAGCACUCCGUUCCAGAAGAACGUGAGCAAGAGGCUAUAAUCGGAGGGGACGUAAAGACGGCUAUCAGAGCCCUGCAGAGUGCCGCGGCAGAACAGAGGCCGGUAGAAAAAGAGGACGUUGUCUGUGGCAACUUACAGGCCACGCUUAAGUCCCUGGAAAAGUCUAACGUUAAUGUCUCCAAAGGAGAUUUUAAAGCAGCCAUGAUUUACAGGAAUGCAGGGCAGCCGCGUCCCGUUUGUAAAAAGACAAAUGAGGCUCAGGUUCUUAGGGAGCAGGCUUCGGGCUCGCAAGCUGUUAAUGACUUUCCUCCUCCUCCUCCAGCUCCAACAAUGAGGACCGUGUGCCCUUCGACCAAUCUGAGGGAAGCUGAGACUCUGGCCUGUUCCUCAACCAGGCCACCGUAUGCGCCUCUCCCUCAGGCCCCUGCCAAAUCAAGUGACCAGAAGCCCUCAGAGAAACCGCAACUUCUUCCCAAACCAGAGAUUAUCUCCCCACCAAGGAAGAAACCUCUUCCACCUCCGAAGCCAGAGUUCCUUUUGCAAGAAGCGCUUUCCUACCCUGCCGGCAGCCACAGAAGCCGAUCAGGAAAGGGGGUUCCCACUCCUUUCCUUUCCAAAUCUUUGAGCACGGGCGACCAGAACACGCCAGUCACCUCACCCGCAAACCGAGCGCAGGCUUCUUGUGGGGCCCACACACAAGAGCAAACUGCACGCAGACAAGAUUCAACGGACUGUCCUCUGCCUCUGUUAUCUGCAGCAAAGAGUUCUGAGGAAAAAGCAGUAGAAGAUAUUAUCAAGAUGCCUCUACAAGUAGCAGAAGAAAAGCAUAAGUCAAAAAGCGAAGAACAGAAGGAGCUGGAGGGAGUUGACCCUAAACCUUCUUCAGAGACAAUUAAACAUGGAUUGGCUGGCAGUGAGAGAGGGGACUGUAAUCCAACUAAAGACAUUCAAGGAUUCCUGGAGUCCUGCCAGCCAGAAUAUACAUGUCCGUUACCAGCACGGCAAGAGGGUGUCUUGUCUCUUGAAGACCAAGUAGGCCCGGUCAACUUGGAAGGGCAGAAGAAGCCAUAUCUUUCUGCCAAGUGCCAUGCCAAUAUUCUGAGGAAGGGAGCUAUCACAACACAUGCCUCGUCCUCCAGGAUAGAAAGUACAUCUACGUGUGAAGCUCAUGGAUCAUGGGAUAAUCAGAAAACUAGCCCAAGGACAGAAGAAAAGACUUCCAAAGCUCCUGUUUUAGUUCCUUCGUCUCUACAGUCAAGGGAGACCUUGGAAGGGCAUCAGGGUUUCAACGGCAGGGAGUCAGGAGAUCUGUCAAUGAACCCAGUGCAACCGGAAAAGCCAGCGGUGGUCAUGCGGGAAAAAGCCUGCCGAGAAACGGAAGAGGAACGUCGCAAGAGGCUGUCGGUCCACAAGGAGGAGAUCAUGACGGGCAACGUCAAAGAGGCCAUGGAAAUAUUUGAAAACCUGCGGAGGCAGGAAGAGCUUCAUGAAAUCUUAACUCGUGUGAAGGAAUUCGAGGAGGAGACCUCUAGGGUGGACGUGAAGACCUUGAAAAGCUUUUUUGAGAAGGUCCCCGAGUGGGUGGUGCACCAUAAGGCUCACCAAACCAAGAAGCCCAAGACGGAGAAGACGGAGCAGACAAAGGAAGUGAAGGAAGACUCUGACAGCAUUUCCUCUGUGGAGCUGGCCUUCGAAGAUCUGGAGAGGGCAAGCGCCGAGAUCAUCCACUUGAAGGAGCAGACGCUGAGCAGGCUCCUGGAUAUCGAAGAGGCCAUCCGGAAAGCCCUGUACUCCAUUUCUAACCUCAAGUCUGAAUCGGACAUCGCUGGCCUAUCGGGGUUGCUCCAGGAGUCUCUUGGGAAUUCACAAAGCCUGGCGGCGGGCAACAACAUCCGGAAGGUCAACGUUGUCUCCAGCAAAGCCAGGCAAGAGAGAGGGGCCCAGAGCUCAUCCUGGGGGGUCGAAAGGACGGCAGAAAAGAUGGAGACGCCCAAGGCAGAGCUGGAGGUCCCUGUUAUCAUUCACCCCCGAGCGAGUUCUCCUUCUUCGCCAUCCUACAUCUCCAUUCAGUCUGCUGCAAGGAAGCCCGCAGAGUCACCAAAGAUGGUGCACUCCUCUACGUCGAAUUUAACCGAGGCGGCCAUGGAAAGGGACACGUUCACUCGAGAUAUUUUUAGCUCGCUACCCCACAAGUCCGUGAGGUCUGAUGGAUACAACUGGGCUCCUUGUGAAGGGGAGCAAGAGCCAGUCCAGAUGAAUAAAGGAGCGGGUUUGAUUAAACAGCAGCACCUCAGCAGUCCUGAACUUCUCCAGCCUCAGAUGAACACCAACGGUGACAAAGAACGGGACUUGUCUCCAAGCUUGAUCAAAGGAGGCGGACUUGACUACCCUUCCAAAACUCCCCUGAGUGCUUUAAGCCCGUCCAAUCCACGGAGGCAGAAAAGCAUACUAGAACUUCAGACGAGUCCCGAUGGAUCCAAGCUCUACGGGGCCACCAGAACGGUCACUGAGCAGUAUGAGGAGGUAGAUGAGUUUGGAAACAAAAUCAUCACUUCAUCCACCACCGUCACCAAACAAUCGGAGACUCAGACCUCCACCACGUGUGACAUGGUCUCCUGCCCCACCAGGUACGAAGUGACCGCCUCUCCGAUCCUUCGCAAAUACCUCAACAGCCCCGACGGCUUCCCUGCAAACAGCGGCCAUCAGGAAACGGGAGUGGUCUUCGUUACUUUUGGCAAUUCCAAACCCACUAAGAAAGAGUGAGAUUAUUUCAUGGGAAACAAACUACAGCCGUGGUCUGCGCACAUUAUCUUGCAGGACUUGGACCUAAGUCAGUUUUAAGCCAACCUUUUAACAGGACUUAUUGGACUUAAAUCUAGAUGGUUGAAGAUGAAGCGGUGUGUGGGCUGGGUUGCCGGUUAAAGACAAGCUUUGCCAAACUUUCCAAAUACAGUCUUACAGCUUGUGGAUGAGUAGAACAAUACAUUCAGAACCCUGUUCUUGAAGAAAAGGGUGCCUACUUGCUAUCACAAGAAAUCUACAGGGCCUGGGAUCCAGAGGAAAGGAAUCGAGCACAAAAUAAAUGUGUGUGUGUAGUGGGGAGGGAGGUCUUCUCAAUAAUUUUGUAUGUUUUCUUGAUCUUGCAUAUCUAACAGAGGAUUGCCAACUGUACGAUAAGACCAGCAUUUAUUUCCAACAGCCGACCAUGAGAUUCUCAAAGUAGAGGCCAAAGGACUCAAUUAACGAAUCAGUGCGCCAAUAUAUUGGGAGAAGAACUCAUUUAUUGUACCUUUUCUGAAUUUUGCUGGCAAAGGAACCCUUUCUGCCUGCCACUUUAUCUGACCUUCAUAAUCACCCAAAAAGAUAAUUGUCUUCCAUUCUGGAUAGGUUCGAAAUCAUUUCUUUUCCAACUACCAGACCGCUUUAAUUGGGGGAGAGAUAAAUAGUACUAUUCAUAUUUAGCAAGAGCUGAAUACCCUAGGAAAGUAUAUGAAGUCAGAAUUUUGUCUUUACAAAGAAGGAGAAACACAUUAUUCUAGUUUAGACUGAGAUGGGUUUUAGGCAUAUUUAUGGUUAUUGCUUUUCUAUUUUUUAUUUUCGAUUUGUAAUUUAUUGUUCCUUGUCAACGAGCCUUUCCUUUUAGCUUCUGCUUUCUUACGUAUUUGGUGUUUUAAUCGGUGAUGAAAUUGUGCAAAGCAGUUUUAUGAUGGACAUUUUUGUACAUUCACGAGAUUUUAGACAUUUUCCGGCUUUCGUUUUUUAAUGUGCCUUCCAAUGGUAAAUUUGACUUUUGAAAAAUA